AUGGAAAAAGUAGACGAUUCUUUAUUGGAAAAUCAGAGUGAGGAGUCUCCGCAUCAGAACUCGUCUUCUCGCGGAGAGAAUCUGGAUUUAUCGUCGGAUGGAGACAGCGGAGAAUCAGACUCGGAGUCUGAAAGUGAGUCCUUACGUCCUCCAAAUAAAAGAAUUAAAACCAAUGACGUAAAUUCGGACCCGCGGUUCGAAGCACUAAUACACCAACUCAAUUUAGGUGAGGUCUUCACUGUUACUGACAAUAACAAAGUAAUAAAGAAUGCAUCGCAAAGUCGUUUGGAAUCCUUAGUAAAAUUACAACACUUUGGAACUGAGGAGUGGAAAGAGGUAAAAUAUUCUAAGGUCUUACACAAUUUUUUAGCCAAACCAAGUUUUAUCGAACUAAAGAUUAAGGAUGAAUUGUGUCACCUGAAUAAGGGAAAAGACUACUUAGCAAACACAGAAAAAACUUUGGCUGGUCUUACAAAUGGCUUGUUAGAACACAAGGAAAUUGUACGGAGCAAUUUACAAGAGAUUGUAAAUUGGUCAAAUAACUCGUCAAGUGAUUUGACACCAGAAAAUCUGUUUAAUAAGAUUAUGACAGUGUUUGGACCUAACACUCAAUAUUAUAAGAAUAUGGAACAAAUUGUACAAGUUGUCUGUGGGAAGAGAACAGAGUGCAUAGAAAUAAGACGAGAACGCAUUUUAUCAGAGAUCUCAAAUAAAAACCUACAAGCUACUCUCAGAAAGCUGCCUCCAAGUGCAGAACACCUUUUCGAGCAUAAUAGUUUAUUACCGGUGAUAUAA